AUGGCGCGAGCUGGAAGAGCUGCGGCGAGAGCAGGGGCAGCUUCUUCCCUUUCAGCGGUGGUGGCGACGACGGUGACCCGGGUGGCAACGACGAGGCCCACAACUAUGCAGACGCGUGCGGGUGUGCCCAUGGGUGAUGAUUAUUCGAGCUCAGGGCUUUCUUCCCCGCCAUCGGAUUUGGGUAAUUAUUCGGAUGAAGAGAGGGAGGUGAAGAAGGAGGAGGACGAGGAGGAGGGGAAAAAUGGUUCGAUCGUUUCCAGGUUCUUCCAAUCACCAUCGCCGGGGAAGGGUGCUCGGAAGGCUCCUAGGAAGGCUAUCGCUCUCGUGAAGAAGGAGCCGACGCCUGAAUUGGGGGAUAUAGCGCCGGUUCUGAUUAAGGAGGAGAAGGAGGAGAAAAAGGAGAAAGGGAUUGGGCAGAGGAAACCUCGGGGGAAGAAGGUUAAGGAUGAAGAGCACGUAAAGGUUGAGGCUCCGGAGAAUUGGGAGGAGGUGUACGAGAAGCUUCGGGAGAUGAGGAAGAAGGUGAAGGCGCCGGUGGACACAAUGGGUUGUGAGAGGCUGGGGGACAAGGCGGCUACUCCUAAGCUUCGGCGUUUCCACACAUUGAUCUCGUUGAUGCUUUCUAGUCAAACCAAGGAUACAAUCAACGCGGUUGCCAUGAAAGGUCUCCGGGAGCAGCUUCCAGGGGGACUUUGCCUAGAGAGUAUUUUAGAAGUAGAGCCAAAGAGAUUGGACGAGCUUAUUAGGAUUGUCGGCUUUCACAAUCGAAAGACGGAAUACAUCAAGAAGGCGGCGGUAAUCAUCCGGGAUAAACAUGGUGGUGAUAUUCCCGAUACCUUUGAGGGUCUGACGGCCUUGCCUGGCGUUGGUCCUAAAAUGGCGCACUUGUGCUUAUCUGCGGCAUGGGACCGAACCGAAGGGAUUGGUGUCGACGUCCACGUCCAUCGGAUUUGCAAUCUUUGGGAUUGGGUCAAAACCACUACUCCGGAAGGGACUCGGGAAGCUCUGCAGGCUUGGCUUCCAAGGGACAAGUGGAGGGAGAUAAACUUCCUCCUGGUUGGGUUUGGACAGACAAUAUGUCUCCCCAGGGGGAGGAAAUGUGGAGAGUGCGCUCUAUCGAGUGGGUUGUGCGGGGCAGCAUACAUGGAACCAAAAAAGGUCAAAGCCAAGAAGGGGAAGCGAGUUAUUGGCGAGGACUCGGACGAGGGUUUUGACGACGACAAUUACGCAGCUCCCGAACGCCGUGUGAGACCUAAAAGACGUAGGGUCAGAGUUGAGGUGAAGGAAGAAGAAGAGAUGGAGGUGGAGGACGAAGAUGCACUUGUCGCUGACAUCGAAGACGCAGUUCCCAAUCUAGCAAAAUUUCGAUACAAGCGGUAGACGGGUUGACGCGGGGAAGAGGGGGGGCUACUUCCACUAUCACACAUCGGCAAUCGAUGAUCAUAUCUUCUUGUCUCGAUCUUGUCAACUACCGGGCGUUUAGGCGAGCCAAUGGAUGGGCUCGAUGCGUUCCCGUACCUCUGGAUAAAUGGGUUUAAAAAAACCACAUUUGAUGGAGCAUCCAACGAUCAAGCUUCAUUGACUUCCUAGGGUUCCGGGGGGGACCGCUGUGCUGUACUGUAUCUUAUUUUCAUCUUUCGCUUCUAGACUUGCUGUAAUAGAGCAACACUUGUUUUCUAAUCUA